AUGGGAGUUUUUCUCCACUUGUUCUUCACCUCUGUGGUUCUCUCGCACGGACUAGUUCUAUCCUGCCCAGAUGAUCAAUGCCGUAUAUUGGCAUUUCCAUCCACUUUGUUCUUCGUGGGUGAACGUCUUGUCAACCACACCAUAGCAAACAUCAGUGUGAUUGACAGGGACACGUGUGAAUAUCGUUGCUACUUGGACCACAAUUGCGUCAGUGUUAACUUUUAUUUUGGAGAAAACGGAGUAGAAGCACACAACUGUGAACUGAAUAACUCAACGGGUAAAGAGUAUGAUGAGGAUCUGGUGAAAGCAGCGAACUAUGUAUACCACGGAACUAAGAAUGUUUGCGCUCAAGCUCCAUGCGGGAAUUACGGCACCUGUCAGUCGGGAUUUACAAGAAAACGAUAUCGAUGUUUAUGUGCGUCUGGAUUCACCGGCCACGAUUGUGAAAAAGAGGGUUCGAGAUUUAGAAUCGGUUGUACUUCUGACACUGGGAGGAAAAAAGGAUGGGGGCGCAAUUUCAGUUUUCACGCUCUUUUUCUCAACUCGGGGUAUUGUGUCUUGUUCAGGAUGAACAGGAAAGAACUUGAACCACCUUCCAGCGUUCAGAAUUUCCACAAUUGUAGCGGAAAUGCUAGUUGUACAAACACCGAGGGAUCUUACAAUUGUUCUUGUAAUCCUGGAUUCAGCAGGGAUGGUGUUAAGGACAUUGACGAGUGCUCUAAAAACAGCCAUAACUGCAGCUAUACAACCUCUACUUGCACCAAUACAAAGGGAUCAUUCAAGUGCAUUUGUAAACCUGGAUUCAUUCAAGAUGGACACAACUGCACAGACAUUGAUGAGUGUGCUCAGAAUACCCACAACUGCAAUAGGGACAACGCCACUUGUACAAAUACAGAGGGAUUGUUCAACUGCUCUUGUGAUCCUGGAUUCAGAGGGGAUGGACACAACUGUGCAGCUUUCAAAGCUCUUUUUACCAACCUUGGUGCAACUGGAACACAUGGUCCAACAAGUCUGGGUAUUAGCUACUCGGGUCACGAUCAUGACGGACAAGUUACACUGUCCAGCGGUAUUCAACAAUGGACUGUGCCGUAUACUGGUGAAUACAGAAUAGAAGCAAUAGGAGGAGCAGGAGGAUACGAUUCCCACCCCAACAGCGCUAAGUAUCGAGGAAGAGGAGCAAGAAUGAUUGGAACAUUCAGCUUAAGCAAGGGAGAAGUCAUUCAGAUACUUGUUGGUCAAGAAGGAGGGAUUAACAAGCUCUACCCUUCUUCUGGCGGUGCUGGAGGUACAUUUGUGGUGAGGGGAGGCAACACACCUUUGAUUAUAGCCGGAGGUGGAGGAGGAAUACAGAAUCCAAGUUCAAGACAUCCAGGAUGUGAUGCUAAUGCUGGUUCUUCGGGAAAUCCUGGGUACAAGUCAUGGUCAGGAGGGAGUCAUGGAAAUGGUUCACAGAUUGCUAAUGGUGGUUAUUCCGGUGGCGGCGGCGGAGGUUUCUACUCCAGCGGCAGAAGUUCAAAGCAGUUUGGUGGUACCAUGGGAACUGGUGGAGAGGGUGGUAAGGGAUUCUUACAGGGAGGGGUGGGAGGUAAAGCCAAGAUGAAGAGUGCUGAUGGUGGAUUUGGUGGAGGAGCAGGUGGUUAUGGAUGGUCAGGGGGUGCGGGAGGAGGAGGAGGGUACUCUGGAGGAAGCAGUGGCCAUAAUAGCUGGAAUUCUUGUGGAGGCGGUGGAGGAUCUUAUAAUGUUGGUAAAUAUCAACAAAAUGACUGUUGCUAUCGAUCAUAUGGUCAUGGUCAGGUGAUCAUAACUUUAUUGUAA